AUGACCUUCUCGUUUUCAGCCAGAGAGUUUGCCCUGGGCUUCGCUGCCGGGUGUAUUGUUACCAUUGCACUAGGGGCAUUUCUGGCGUUUGCACUUUUUCGGCCCAAGGACAUUUACGGACUCGGACAUUGGAAGCUCAAUGUGAGGACUCCAUUCCGAUCCCUGUGGAUGAAUCUUGGAUUCUGGACAACAGAAGACGGCAGACACAUUGACCACUUUGAUGUGGCGACGCGGGCUUUGCUGGAGAAGAUUGUUCGCGCUGCCGGCCUUGGAGUCGAAAAUCAGCCGGCAAGGGCCGCCUCAAAGACCAAGCAUUCCGUCGCCGUGUUGGACGUGGGAUUUGGGUGCGGCGACCAGACCAUUGCGCUCGCAGAGCUCAUACAGGCCUCGUCACGGCCACAAUUUCGCUACGUCGGGCUUACCUUGAACGCGGAGCAGCUUCAAGCAGCACAGGAGAGGCUCAGUGGAGCAUUGGCACUUGAAGGCGGAAGGGAGAAUGCAAUCGGAUUGUCCAAAGGUGCCGUUAAACUGUUCCAGGCGGACGCAGCAAAGCCAGAGUCUUGGAGUAGCGCGGUUCACGCAUCUGUGGAUAGCCUGGCAGACGAAGCUUUCUCCGAGCGAUGGCUCAUGGCGUUGGACUGCCUCUACCACUUCUCCCCUUCUAGGAAAUCCAUCUUUAAGCUUGCAGCCAAGACACUGGACGCAAAUGUCAUGGCGUUUGACUUGAUACUAAACGAGAACGCACCCAUGUGGCAAAUUAUAGCAGUUCGGCUUUUGGGCUUUCUCCUGUCCUGUCCGCUGUAUACCUUCUUAACUGAGGAACAAUACCGAAACCAGCUUAUCGAGUGUGGCUAUGACGAGGCGCAAAUUGAGAUUCGGGAUAUUUCGGAUCAUGUGUUUGGUGGUCUAUCGGGCUAUCUGCGAAAACAAGAGGUUGCUUUGAGCCGUUACGGCAUCUCGUUGGCUGGCUACAACCUGACCGGAAAAGUAUUUGCUUGGUUUGAUCGGACAAGAGUUGUCAAAGCCGCAAUAGUUAUUGGACGAACAAAGAGGAAUGCUUAG